GUUAAAGCAAGAGCUCCUCUCCUCCUCUUCCGGCUGCCCCAGCUCCGUCCAUCCCAAUUUUUCUCUCUCACCAUUUUUACUCUCUCAUCCAUUUAAGACCAAAACUCUGCUCCAAGCUCUCUACUUUUUCAAACUUUUCAAGUGGGCACUUUAUCUUUUCACGAGUUAUGCAAUGUUAUGCUUCUAAGAGAAAAAAAGAGAAAAAAAAGAGAGUUAGGGUUUCAUUUCAUUUUUUCUCUCCUUCCCUACCCAGAUUAGUUUCGCUUUGAUUCCCUCAUUUAAAGCUUUGAUUGAAGGAUUUGAAUGACACCUUUUUGUCUGUUGGGGCACCAUUCAUCUUCUUCUUGUGUUGGGUUCUUCUAUUUCUUCUUCUGAUUCCCAGUGUGCUGUUUUUUCUGUCAUGCUUGUUUCCCCCAUUGUUUUGAUUUUUGAUUUCUUAUCCGACAUGGGUUUCUUCUCCUUGAUUCUUGUGCCUAAAGAAGAAACUGAGAUAUUCCUUUUUCGGGUACUCUUCUUGGGUUUCUGUUGAUUUUCAAGGAUGGUAGUAUGUGGGAUCUUUUGAUUGUUUCUCUUUUUCUUAGAAAAGUGUUUCUGCUGGUUGUUCUUUUUUUCUGUCUUUUUUUUUUCUUCGUGGAAACUUACAUGUGAAGCAAUUUGCGUUGAACAAACUGACUACCCCUUAUCGUGAUCGAAUUUAACUCAUUCCACUAUUUACAAAGGGUUUCCCUACUUACUUUAACGUGUGGUUGUGCGUAAAGAAGUUUCCUGAUCUUCUUGCAGCUGGAAACCCGUGAAUUAGUGGCUCAUGGGCUUCUUUUUUUGUGAUAGUCUAAAGGAAAGAUCAAGGUUUUAGAUUCAUUUUCCAUGGGGUGCAUUUUAGAUUUUACAUCCAAAUUCUCAAGGGAGACUGUGUUUUUUGGUAGCAUUGAUUGCUAUCUAUAGCAAUAGCAGUAGCUUCUCUUCUAGGGUAUUUCAAUAAAGGGUUUGGCUUUGGUUUUUAGCUGCCAUGGAGGAUAUAGGUCUUUUCAAGCAAGGAUGGAAAUGGUUUCAGUCGCAGAAACACACUUACUCGCGUGCUCGAACUGCGUUUUUUAGUUUCAGAGACAAAGUUGGGAUGUUUAUUGAGAGACAUUGGCCAACAGUGUGCCGUGGCUGUGCCUGGAUGGGGAGUUUACUACGUUUAGCAGUGCUUCAAUGGUGGGACUGCAUUAUAAAAGGCUUCAGAUCGCUUAUUGGAUUAGGCUCUGCUGCAUUGCUUCUUAUAAUGUGGAGUUGCUUUCUUAGUUUAACCUCCAUGUCCUGCCUGGUUUACGUUCUUCUUAGUAUGGGAGCUGCAGGAGUUGCUGUUCAAUAUCUCGGUUACACUCCUGGACUUUUUAUUGUGGGGCUCUUUGCUAUUCUAGUCUUGUGGAUGUAUGCUAACUUUUGGAUUACAGGGACGUUGUUUAUAGUUGGAGGUUAUUUGUUCUCUCUUAAUCAUGCACGGUUGGUGGUCUUGAUGGCAACUGUAUAUGCUAUAUAUUGUGUUAAAGUUCGUGUUGGAUGGCCGGGUGUCUUUCUCUCAAUAAAUCUUGCAUUUCUAUCCAAUGAUGCAUUAAAUUAUUUGCUCCAAUGGUGUGAUAAGGCGAGUGAAAGCUCACAUUUUGAAGAGCAGAAACAAUCUGAAACAGUUUCGGGAGAUGAAUUCUCAGGAGAGUGUGAAUACUCUAUUCCUACUAGUGAGUCCGAGAAGGUUCAUCCAUGUAAGUCAGCCAGCCCAACUGUUGUGACAUCUGUUGUUGAUAACCAAAAAGAGGCUUCUUGUAGCAAGGUGACCAAAGAUCAGACUGAUUCAAUUGAUGAGAUGAAAAGGAUCUUAAAUAGUGGGGACCAUUAUGAAGCGCUGGGAUUUCCACGUCACAAGAAGAUUGAUGUCAUAGUUUUAAAAAAGGAAUACAGAAAAAAGGCUGUGCUUGUGCAUCCUGAUAAAAAUAUGGGAAGCCCAUUGGCGAGUGAGUCAUUUAAGAAGCUUCAAUGUGCAUAUGAGGUUCUUUCUGACUCUGUGAAGAAAAGAGACUAUGAUGAGCAAUUGAGAAAGGAGGAAUCGAAGACCAAAAGUGUCUGCCAGAGGUCCCAGUCCUAUGGGACUUCACAACAGAUGAAUUCCGAUUACUGCUCUGAGGAGUCAAGACGCAUACAGUGCAGUAAAUGCGGCCAUUCACACAUAUGGGUCUGCACGAAUAGGAAUAAGACAAAGGCAAGAUGGUGUCAGGAUUGUUGUCAAUAUCAUCAAGCUAAGGAUGGAGACGGAUGGGUCGAAUAUAAAGGUUCUCUAGUCUUUGAUAAACCUCAGAAAAUGGAUAUUCCACGUGCUUUUGUUUGUGCUGAGAGCAAAAUCUUUGAUGUGUCUGAAUGGGCGAUUUGUCAAGGAAUGGCUUGCAGGCCCAAUACUCAUCGCCCGAGCUUUCAUGUAAACAUGGUCGGUUUAGGGAAAACCACACAACGAUCCAAGUCGAGUAGAUUUCCUUGGGAAUUGGAUGCUGAAAUGAUGGAUGAAGACGAGGAAGAAUUUGAGCUGUGGCUUCAGCAGGCUUUAGCCUCUGGUCUCUUCUGCGAAACCUCGAAACGGAGAAAGAGCUGGAGUCCAUUCAAGUUGGGCCAGAAGAUAGGGAGCAAACAAUGGCGAAGAACAUCAUGCUAGAGCCGCAAAGACCUGGGUCUCGGCAGUAUUGCUUGCUUAUUCCCAAGGAGAAACGUGCAUGUGCCACCUUCUCAUUCACAAGGUACGAAUGAGAAACAAUUUACUCAACCAGCUGGAAGAAUGCCCAGACUUAUCAAAAUCACGAGGAAGACAUAACGUCGACAAUAAUAUAGGAUUCACUGGGUCCGGUGGCAGGUUUAAUCCAAAGCUUAGGCAAAUAGCCUGUGUUGCUUAGAUUCUCGCACAUCCUCUUAGGUAUCUAAAGCAUGAGAUCCCUUGUAACUUUUUGGCCUCAAUUCCAAGUACCUCCAAAUCUUGUCCUCUAUGUUAAUUGAAAAUAUAUCUGCUGCUGUUGCUUUAGUUUCUUCACCCCCUUCAAAAUUCAAGCUAAAUCCCAAUCUUCCAGAAGAUUUAACUUGUACGCUUCCCAAUCUCAUGUACAUAUCUUCUUUUUUUAGUUUUCUUAUUUAUAUUAUUGUUUGCCUUUCCUUCAAGGUAUGGCUUCUUAUGUUAUAGGUACGUAGAUAGUUGUCAACAUUCAGCAUUAGCAGCAGAAUUCUCUUUUUUGAUUAAUGUGUUAACAACCUGAUUCCCACCGUUUUCUCCA